AUGGCGACGAGACGCCGUCAGGCACCCACCAUCACGCUAGUUCCAGCUCUCGCUAGGAUCGUUUCAGGAAGCUUUGGAACUGAGUCUUUGUUUCAACGUCCGUUGCUUCGUAUCGUCAAGGUGCAAGGCAUAUCUAUGAUCGCUGGGCCUCGCACCAACCCGGAUGAUGAAACUGAGCCUCGGGAAGGAGAUACACUCUUCGCGUAUCGUCUCUUUUUAACUGACGGUGAAUAUGUUGUUGCAGCUGUGUUGGACCCCGUGCUUCACCCGCUUGUGCACGACAAGAUCUUGACUGGGCCAGGUACCUACGUCAGGUUAACGGACUAUGAUGUACGGACAUCGCCGAAGAAGAUUGCGACGGACAAAUUCACGAGAUUCCUUAAGGUCCGGGGACUUGAAGUUGUAUAUUCUCCAGGGAUCCACUUUCAUCCAGAAAACACAGAUGCGGACGGAGAUUCUGUCAUGGGUGGUAUCGCCCGUACAAUCGGACGGCUUGCCCCGCCCAGAAACCCAAACCAUGAGACCGAAACUAUCCAAGAAGAAGAAGAUGAGGUGGUAGUAAUCAAGCAAGAAGCCGCGUCUUCCCAACCCAGAGCUGAUUUCGGACUAGACGGAACUCGAGAUCGAGAGAUUGACGACGGCCAAAACGAAUAUGGGCUAGAUAUUGAUGAAGAGGAAGCCAUAAUACAGCUGGAACCACGGGGUGGGAAUAAAUCUAUGCAAGCACAUGCGAUGAGGCCGGAUGAUUUUGCUACAGCAGACGAGCGGUCUCUGUCGCCAGACCAUAUAUUGGAUGAUGAUGACCUGUCAGAAGAGGAAAUCUUACAAUUGUCGCAAUUGGAACCGAAAAUGGCCAUCAAGACGGAGAUUAUCAAUUCAACGUGCAAGUCGACUCAGAAGCAGAAGCAGCCAGAGGAGAAACUUAAAUCAGCAGGGGGACUGAGGGACAUUACAGGGAAUACGAAUGGUGGCUUAGGUCACCAUAGUAUGACGGCGAAGAAAGUGAAAGAGCCACUGUUUUACGAAAAGGAAAAUGGUCGAGGUCUCGGAAGCAGCACUAUAGCCAGCAGCUCAAAGAACCCCAGUGGUCCGGAUACGUCACAGAAACCUUUACAAAAUUCCUUGCCUCUCCCACGUCAAGACAGAGGAUUAUCCCCGGGUCCAUCCACAGGUGUUCAACCGUUCCCUAUAGGGCCGAACACGCCCCAAAAAUCUUCCAGGCAAACCACACCGCUCACCUCACCGCCAUAUAAAUCACCGCAACAGCCGCGCCCUUUUGAGAUCACAAAACUCGGAGACUUGUUCGACAAAGCCCCAAAGAACAAAGUUGAUAUUCUAGCUAUUAUCAGCAGGAUUGAUGAUAAGACAAUUACUCGUUCAAUUGGCGUUAAGAGGGAUAUGCAUCUGUUAGACCCGACUGUAGAGAGGACAGUAUGGUUAUCAGUGUGGGUUGACCCGGUUCUUUUCAAGCCUGCGGUUGGCACUUUAGUCCUGUUCAGAGGGUUGACCGUCCACAAGUAUGACGGCCGGAGUCUCAAUGCGUUUAGUGAUCUUGCAGGAACCAGGUGGUACAUUAUCGAGCCGACUGAAGACAUGGUUCCCGGCGUGGACAAGGUGAAGGAGUGGUGGAGGCAGAAGACAGUAGAAGAGACGUUAAAGAGCUUCGAUUAUGAUGAUAAUGACAAUGAAUUUUAG